AUGGAGGAAAGUGAAAGAAAGCAUGGGAAAUCUGACAGCAAAGAGAAGAAAUCUACACCCGGGACCUGCACUCCGGAGCCCGCACAAGCCACAACCAGUGCAGCCGCGGAGGGGGACGAAACCGACGUGUGCUCGGAGAAGUUCGACCCGAUGCUCGCCUUGUACUCUCCCACCGUCACACUGCCUUUCCCCAACGCCCUGUGCCUCAAUAAUCUGGCCGCCUACGAGAGCGCUCUGAAGGGUAGCAGGGCGAGGGGAGCCAAGCCCGAGAAUGUGGAGAGACGGCGAAGAAAAGCCAUGAAAGGAGUGGCGGACCCGGAGAGGAUCGAGCGGCUGAAGAAGCUCAUGGUGAACAACCCGGUGGACCCGGAGAGCAGCGGAGCUCAGCGGGGCCGCAGGAAGAGCAAGCCGGUGAAGAACGUUCUCACAAGGAUGACAGUGUGCGAGGGCAGUCCUCUGGGGGAACUCUACAGAUAUAUUCAGGAACGAAUCCGGGUCAGAGUCCACAUCAGGACCUUCAAGGGGCUCCGAGGCAUCUGCUCCGGCUUCAUUGUUGCCUUUGACAGGUUCUGGAAUAUGGCCAUGGUUGACGUGGAUGAGACGUACAGAGAGCCUCUCCUGGGACAGGCGUUCUACCAUGAGAAGGCGCUCACUGUUACAAGGUUGUUUGAGAAGCUGAAGUUACAGGAAAGUUUGGAAGCAGAAGAACCAUCAAAAACGGCAACAACCAAAGUAAAGGAGAGUGAAUCGCAGAGCACGGCCAGCAAAGGAGCGGCCUCAAAGGAUCGAAAGGAAGUCCCACAUAAAUACGGCAAAGUGCGCACACGACACAUCAACCAGCUCUUCAUCCGCGGGGAGAAUGUGGGUGCUGUGUUGUCCAGCAGGUGGCAGCAGAAGGCCGUGCGUCAUGUGCGUGAGUCCAUUGUCAUCGCUUGUCCCUUUAUGUCCCGCUCCUGUGUUAGUUUGAGCAGAGAUGACAGCGCGGUCUCAGCGGGCUUCAUAAAUGCAUUAUGA